CUAAAUACGGAGUAUAAUCCUUUGUUGCACGGGCACCUAAGCCGAUUAUUGAAGAAGGGGGUUUCCUAAGCCGAUUAGAUACGGAGUAUUUGCUAGAGAAGACGGCGGGAUUGUUUAGACCAGACAAAUAAGAUGGAUUCCAAGAGUGGGAGUGGAAGUGGAGCGAUUCCAAGGGAAAGCACAACGACAAUAGAGAAUCCCUUUGCUUUGAAAGUCUGUCAAGUAUUUACCGGCUUUGGAAUCGGCUGUGGCGUCGGCAUUGGUGUUGGUCGCCCUAUAAACCUUGCUGCAAUACCAAUGCUAGACCAAGUUGUGGUUGCAACUAGAGGUGCCACAGAUGCUUUCUCUUCCGUUGGAAGAAAUGUCAAUAACAAUUUGCGGCGUUUGGGGGCAAAAAACAUUGAAGCUGGCAUUGGAUGUGGAAUAGGCUUAGGCCAUGGCUUUGGAAUCGGUCUUGCUGUUAAGCCAGGAGUGGUGCAUAAGGUUCAAUCAUGUCUCAAUCAACUUGCGGCAAAAGCUAUGAUGAAGUUUGGAAUGUCCUUUGAUUUGCCUUCUGUUACUCAAGGCAUUAUUCCUAAAUCUAUUCAAAGUAGCAAUCCUCUGGGAAAUCUAAUGGCAUCAAAGCCAAAGGCCAUAGAGAAUAUAAAGCCUAAAGAUGGAAACAGAGGUUCUUUUGCAGGACGUGCAGGAAAAAAUCCUUUAAAUAAUGGUGCAUCAUAUAGCAGUCAGACAGAUACACUUAUCAACAAUUUCUUGAAGAAUCCGCUCUUGAAAGAUGGAGAUAAUGAUGAGAGUGAGCUGGCUGAGCGCCUAAGGUCCGAGAACAACUUACUUCACCUGGAGGGAAUUUGAAAUGAAAAUGGUGGACUGAGAGAACUUGGUUGCAUUCAGGUGUUGAAGCACCAACGAGUGAUUGAUGAGCUGAUGCAGCAAAAUGAGAAACUGCGCGAGAUACUGGUUGAUGAUUUGAAGGUACCGCUCUCCAAGCUCCCAGGCACCAUCUCCAGUGGAAGCAAAUCUCCAUGCAUUGAUUGUUUUGAUUGCCGUAGAAAACAACGAAGAGGACGGUGAAUAAAAGCUCCAGUUUUGGCACCAAUCCUUUUGGAAGGCAUAUAUAUUCAUGCCUCAAAAGCCAUUGAAAACCUUUCUUAGGAUAGCGUGAAAUUUAUAUGUAAGCCAAAAUUUGCCAUAAAAUAUUACAUGCGGUAUACGGUAAUUUUCCUUGUAAAUGAGAACGUAAUGCCAUAUGAAUGUGGCCUAAAAAGAAAAAGGAAAUUACAAUGCACAUCAAGUCGACUUCCCGCCGAACGAAUCUCAAACUACGGGAGGAUAUUCAAAGAGUAGGUAGAGUGGAAUAUUUGGUCAAGAUUCCUUGCUUAUUGAUUAGUUCUAAAAUGAUUAUGCUAAAGGAGCGAAAGCCACUCGACUGAUAAGGAGAGGAGCUUUUCAGCCACUUUUAGGAAUCGAAUAAGCAAUCACAAAGAAUGGUAAGCGCUACGAACCUUUGCCCAGUUUAUUACAAAUUUACAAUGUGCUAGUCAAAAUAUUACUCAUAAAAUGUACCAUCAUAUUGCAAUGCACAUCAAAGUUACUAGAAAAUUAACACGUUGAAAUGCA